GUGACACGCGAGUCUUACAGUGGACCGAUGAACAGAGCUUUAUCGAGGACCGCCACGACGCUCGUCCGUUGACACGGUCAACAGCCUCAUAUAACCCUACGCUGCAAGUGCGUUGAGCGCGACCCACAACGUCCGUCUUCUGGUCAGGAUGACGGACUCGGAGAACAUAGACACGCUCUGCCGGUUAAACCCCGAUGUUCUUCUAAGUGUCUUCGAGCAUUCGCUGCCUGACGGCGGAUUGCGCUCACUGUCAUCGUCGUGCCGGUGGAUUCGAGAAGAAACCAUGCCUGUACUCUUCCGACGCUGCCUGGUCACUGUGGAAGAGCCAAUCUGCGCAGAUAGGUUCCUCCCGCAAAGCUUGUGGCCCUAUGUAUAUCACCUUUCAUUGCUAGACGAAUGUCCUGAUCGCGCCGCCGCGAGACCCCACUCCUGGCGAAAAAAUCAACUGCACUUUACCGACGACCCCUUGUUAUGUGGCACCAUGGACCCCGAGUUCCUCAGAACCACGCUGCGAGCCAUGCCUCGCCUACAAUCGAUCUCACUGGACUUUAUGUGCCAAGAGUCACAUGGGUUGGGGUGGGAUAGCCUAGCGGCCGUCCUCUCAACGCCACAGCUCCGCAGUUUCACACUUGCUCAGUUUAUGUUCAGUCCGCGACAUUCCCUCACGACCGACAGCGUCGAAUGUCUCGCUCCGCUGACGACGUUCCGACACGAGCAACGUGUCUUGCGCGGCGAACUCCGUCGUUUCCUCUCCCAGGAGGCCGCUCUGGGCGUGGUGAUCGGGAAGCUGCGGCAUACUCUCGAAUGCCUUCUACUUGCUAGCGAGGUUGCGCCCUUCAGAACCCUAAUGGCCAAUCAAUGGCCACGCCUCAUUGAACUUCAUCUGAUUGGUGACUACUAUCCGAGCCCGGACUCUCAAAUCCCGUUCGUCACCCUUUUUGCCGAGAUGCCCAAGUUGCGUGUCUUGAAAUUGGAGCUCGCUCUGCACGAGUAUGUCGGCAAACAAAACCUACAGCUAUGGCCCUUUGAUCAUGAAGCACGAUUCCCGUGGCCAGACCUCAUUGACCUAGUCGUUUCGUUCCCGAGUCCCGAGGAUCGCAUUUACUCCCAUCUCCCCAGAUCGAUGCGACGCUUGUUGCUGCCAUGCACCCCACACCACUACUUCUACUCCUGGAAGCUGCACGGAUUGCAGCAUCUCCAUUCACCCAUAUUGUACGCUACGGAGAUGCUAGAGAUCCUCGCAAACGUUGAUGCCCCUCAUCUUGACGAGCUCCGUUUGGAAUACCGUGCGGACGCCGCAGAAGACGAACUUCUGGCCUGCGUAGCCCAGAGGUUCCCUCAGCUCACAUCAUUGGAGAUGCAUCGAUUCCGAUCAUCCGCUGGUAGUAGUGUCACCGCUACCGGUAUUGGGUUGCGGCUAGCAAAACUCGAAAAUCUGCUCACGCUGCGACUCUACGACGAUGCUACACCUCACUCCAGCUUUGCGACGCUGCAGCAAAAUGCGGCUGUUAUCGCAGAUAAGCUCGCGUGCCCGGACGUCAGGCUGUGGUUGUUGCAGGUCGGCAACGAGACCCUCUGGUACCCGUUUCGCCUUGUAGCACAGCAAGGUAUCGACGAGGAACCGCGGGUAGAGGUCGACCCGCUAGGCCACAGCGGUGUGCGAGUGUUUCCUUACGAUGAUACUGCACUAUACAGAUGAUUAUGCUGCUGUUCCAUAUACAGCACGUAGCAGGUAUCCUUUCUUUACGUGUAUGGUAUGUUGCUCAUGUAUCCCCUACUCAGUACUAUCUUCUAUUCAUCCUCGAAUCGUGAGGGGACGGCAUCCGGGUCAGUAGUAGUCGAGCUGACUUA